AUGUUUCCCAGGAGUUUGCUUUUCAUGAUCGUACUCAUUUCUUGGAUUAAAGAAAAGGUAAUCCUUGGAGUAGAAGGUCAAGAAGUGGUUUAUCCGAAAAGGCUUCCUCUGAUGCAGAAGCGAAAUGUUUGGCACAUCCAUGAUUAUGACAUACAGGAAACAUAUGAAGAAGAAUUGCUGUAUGAACUAAAGCUAACUAGAAAAACCUUAAUACUUCACCUUUUAAGAUCAAGGGAGUUCUUAGCCUCAAAUUACAGUGAAACCUACUACUCCACAAGAGGAGAGGCCAUCACCAGCUAUCCUUCCACCAUGGAUCACUGUUUUUACCAAGGAUCCAUCAUACAUGAAUUCGAUUCUGCUGCCAGUAUCAGCACAUGUAAUGGUCUGAGGGGAUUCUUCAGGGUAUAUGACCAAAGGUACCUCAUUGAACCAGUGAAAUAUUCAGAUGAGGGACAACAUUUGGUGUUCAGAUAUAAUCCAAGGAUACAGUAUGCUGCCAAUUAUUCUUGUACAGAACUCAAUUUUACCAGGACAAAUGAUUCAAAGGAUGAUAUUAAAAUCAUGGAAGACCUCAAAAUAGAAAAUGUCCAUGAAGAAAAGUAUGUUGAACUGUUCAUUGUUGCUGAUGGUAAUGUGUAUCAAAGGAAUAAUCAUCCUCACACUAAACUGAGGAACAGAAUUUGGGGAAUGGUCAAUUUUGUCAACAUGAUUUAUAAAACCUUGGACAUUCAUGUGACAUUGGUUGGCCUUGAAAUGUGGACAAAUGGAGAUAAAAUAGACAUAGAUUCAAAUAUAGAAAAUACCUUACUGCGUUUUUCAACUUGGCAAGAAAUAAUCCUGAAAAAAAGGAAUAAUUUUGAUCAUGUUCUAUUACUCAGUGGGAAGUGGCUCUAUACACAUGCACAAGGAACUUCUUAUUCAGAGGGCAUAUGCCGGCCUUAUUAUUCCUCCAGUGUUGUUAAGGAUCUUUUGCCUGACCUAAAUGUAGUUGCAAGCAGAAUUGCACAUCAGCUGGGGCAUAACCUUGGGAUGAAGCAUGAUGAUUACCCGUGUACCUGUAAUUUUGAGAAAUGUGUGAUGGAUCGUGGUGGAAGCAUUCCUGCACUAAAAUUCAGUAAAUGCAACAGAAUUCAGUACCUGCAACACCUGAAGGAUUAUAAUCCAACAUGCAUGUUCAAUAUUCCAUUUUCUGAUACAUUAAGUAAUUACCCAUAUUGUGGAAACAAGAAGUUGGAUGAAGGAGAAGAGUGUGAUUGUGGCCCCAUUCAGGAGUGCACUAAUCAUUGCUGUGAUGCAAACAAGUGUGUCUUGAGGCCAGGAUUUACUUGUGCAGAAGGAGAAUGCUGUGAAUCUUGUCAGAUGAAAAAAUCAGGGUCCAUAUGCAGACCAGCAAAAGAUGAAUGUGAUUUUCCUGAAGUGUGUACUGGCUACUCUUCUGCAUGUCCUAAGGACAAAUUCCAAGUAAAUGGAUUUCCUUGCAAGAAUGCAAAAGGCUACUGCUUCAUGGGGAAAUGUCCCACCCGGGAUGAUCAGUGCUCUCAAUUCUUUGAUAAUGAGGUGAAAGACAGUUCUGAUCUCUGCUAUGAAAUGAAUAAAAGAGGAAAUAGAUUUGGAUACUGCAAAAACAAGGAAAACAGAGUAAUUCCCUGUGAAGAGAAAGAUAUCAAAUGUGGAAAGAUACACUGCAGCAGAGGGCAGCAUUCAUCUCUUCCUGGAAAAGAAAAAAUUAAUCACCUUAAGAAGAUUUCAAAGCAGAAUGUCACCAAUGAGUGUAAAACUUUUAUUUUAUACCACAAUUCUAAAGAUUUGGGCCUGGUUGCUCCUGGAACAAAAUGUGGAGAUGGAAUGGUGUGUAGCAACGGUGAAUGUGUGAAACUUGAAAAGGUCUACAAUUCAACCAAUUGCUUUUCUCAAUGCAAUGAAAAUGCUGUGGUUGGCCAUGAACUUGAGUGCCAGUGUGAGGAAGAACAGGAACAUGUGGACUGGGGAGAAAACUUCAAUGUUACCAAUAUAUCCAUCCUGGUUGUUGUGCUUGUCCUGGUUAUUAUUGGUGUUGGGGUAGUCGUAUUAUUAAUUCAUUACCAGAAAUGUAUUAAGUUGAAGCAAAUUCAGAGCCCACCUAGAGAUACACUGGGAGUGGAGAAUAAAGGAUACUUUGGUGAUGAGCGGCAGGCAAGAACUGAGCCAAUUUUACCUGAUAUUCAUCCCCUCCAUAAACCUGCAAAUAAAGAUCCAAGAGGAAUCGCUGAUCCAAAUCAAAGUGCCAAAAUGUUCAGUAAGGAGAUUGACAUAGAUAAUGAUAUAAAGCAGCAGAGACAGAAGGACCUUAUCUUGCCCAGUGGAGACUACAGAGGUGAAAACAAUGACUUAAACAUGUCAGGUGCUCUGGGCCCCAUGGAAGAUAUUGUCACUGUUGGGUUACCUGGGGACAUCUUCAGGUGCAUCUCAACCCCUGCGUGGCCAUUUCACAAAUUUUCACCUGUCAACUAUGGGAAAGAGCUCUUCAGCUACAACAGUGAGGUGCAGCUUACAUCCAUCCAUUAG